AUGGGAGAGCACGUUUCAUCCCAUUCAAAGCCCACCGAGGCAAAAUUACAGCGGAAAUAUACCCCACAGUGGGUCUCCUUGACAGCCGGGGGAGUGGCAGGGGGAGUGGAAGCCGCAGUGACUUACCCCUUCGAAUAUUCGAAAACCCGCGUUCAGCUUCUUCAAAAAGGCGCAGGGACAAGCCCAACGAACCCCAUACGACUCAUUCUCCACGUCGCCCAAAACGAGGGAAUUGGAGCACUCUAUACUGGAUGCUCAACCCUUGUCAUCGGUACCACUGCGAAAGCAGGGGUACGAUUUCUGUCAUACGACACCAUCCGCAAUGCUUUGGCCGAUGAUAGUGGUAAGCUCUCUGCUGGCCGUGGUAUAUUGGCUGGUAUGGUCGCUGGUGCUGUUGAGAGUGUUUUGGCUGUCACACCAACUGAAAGAAUCAAAACUGCGUUAAUCGAUGAUGCCAAAAAUGCUCGACAAUUUCGGUCCAGUCUGCAUGCGGUAACCGUGCUUGUUAAAAGACACGGCCCUUCUGAGCUGUAUCGUGGUCUGGUCUCAACCACGAUCAAGCAAUCGGCUACAUCUGCAGUCCGCAUGGGGACAUAUAAUAUUCUCAAAGAAGUCACCAAAUCACAAGGUAUUGCGCCAGGCGUACUCACAAACUUCAGUGUGGGGGCGUUGGCUGGAGUCAUAACAGUCUAUGCUACUCAGCCAUUUGAUACUAUCAAGACACGAGCCCAAGGGGUCCAGGGAGCUAGUAUCGGCCAGGCGGUGCGUAGCGUGCUGCAUGACCAUGGCGUCUGGGGCUUCUGGAAGGGCAGCACCAUGCGCCUAGGUCGAUUGGUGUUGAGUGGUGGCAUUGUGUUCUCGGUGUACGAAGAGAUGGCGGCUUUCCUUUCAUCCGUAUCAUCUAGAAGGUCAGAAAGCGCAAUUUAA